AUGUCGAAGAAGAAGGAAGAUGAUAAGACCGCGAAGAAUCAUUUGACCGGAGAAUUCGCCAAGUUGGAUUACUGGCAUGGUCUACUUCCAAAUGAGGACACGGCCAACUUGCUCAAGACGGAUGGCGACUUCUUGUUGAGGGGAAUCAUCAGGGAUCAGGAGUACUACAUCAUUGUUAGUAUUCGAUGGGGAAAAAAUGUAAACCUUUUGUCACAACUCACACGUUUCUUUCUCUUCAGAUCAUAGAAAUGUAUUUUUUAGGUCCUGAACGCAGCCGUCCUCGAGAACAAAAAAGGAGGAUGGGUGUUCCAGGAGCAUAAUUUCGACUCCAUUAAAGAUGCCAUUGACAUGUAUCAGGUCAAGAAAACUCCCCUUAUAAUUUGCGGAACCACCUGCUUCUUGGAUAGUCCGAUCCGAAGAAAAUCCUGGGAAUUGCGUCAACAAAUGAUCAAGUUGGGAAAAGAAUUGGGCCAAGGAUCUUAUGGGACUGUCUACACUGGCACCAUGAUGAUUGAACGGCAAAAAGUCAUUAAGGUAACUCGAUUGGGCUUUUUUUAUUGUUUUAGGUAGCUGUAAAAGUGCUCUCUGAAAUGACUGCUGAAGCGUCAAAUGCCUUGUGGAAAGAAGCCAGAUAUCAUCAGUCUUUCGAUCAUCCAAAUGUCGUCAAGAUGUAUGGAGUUGCCAAUGAUGUUUUGGUAAGUGUAAUAUAUUUUUAUCUAUUUUUCGUCCUUUAGCCAUAUUACCUCAUUAUGGAGUUGGUUCGAGGGGGAUCCUUGGACAAAUAUCUCAUCAAGAAGGCCGGAAAAUUGACCAUCAGACAGCGGAUCAACAUGCUUUUGGAUGCAGCCAAGGGACUUGGUUAUCUUCACGAUAAAGGAACGAUCCACAGAGAUGUUGCUGCCAGAAAUCUGUUGAUUGACGAUGAGGUUGUCAAAGUGGCUGACUUUGGAAUGUCCAGGAAAUGUAAUAGUUACAAAGUGGACACCAACAAACCUCUCAAUCUGAGAUGGUUGGCUCCAGAAGUGUACAAGAAACAGACGGUCAACAAAUCGACUGAUGUCUAUGCCUUUGGAGUUACUAUGUACGAGGUUUUUGUCGAUCCAUAUCACAUUCCAUACGAGGAUUGGGAUGCUAACAAAGUACAGUUUGUUUGAUAAUAUGUUUGUUCAAUAUUAUUUUCGUGAUCUUAUUUUUUUUUUUUUUUAGGUUUAUGAUGAAGUGAUUGAAGGAAAUUACAAACUCAGCAUGCCUGAUAGUGCUCCGGCUUACAUCAAACAACUCUUUGGAGAAUGUAUUGGAGCCGAGGAAGAGCGUCCCACCUUCAAAACCAUCGUUGUUUGUCUGACCAAUUUCCAGGAAGGAAAGGGCGAAAGGGGACUUGGGGUUGGUCUGUAAAUUGUACCCAUAAACUUCAUGUAGAUUGGAAUUGGACUCUUGUUUUGUGUGUUAAAAUAUUUCUUAAUUCGUUUAAGGUAUUCAUCUUGCUUUGAUUGUAAUUUGUGCUCUGUGUCUACAAACAGGGGAACACCGAAAAGUGCGUCGCUCAGAUUUAAAACUUGGCACAAGUUUAGAUUAAUGUUUUCUAAGACGUAUGCGAUACUCCUAGCUCGCGCUUUACAGAAACGACCGAAAUUUUUAGGUCGAAAGGCGGAAAACUGGGAAACUUUUUGCAAAUUUUGCCAUGUAAAGUUUCAUACCUAUUUCUACCAUAGUCGGUAAUGUUUUAACAAAAACAUAAUAUUUUCCGCGCAAAAAUGGGAAAAAUAUGGUCGAAAAAUGUUUUUCUCUGUGACCGCUCUCGGCGUUCCGUGUACUCUCUCGGCCUCAAAGACGGUUCAAUGUCUCGACUGCCUCUGAAAGUCCCGAACGAAAACUUUAGAAAUUAAUACGUACCCAUGCCCAGCAUAAGUGCCAGAUUUAAGAAAAUCUGAGCGUCGCACUUGGGGUACUUUCCUCGUUAGUCGAUGUGAUGUAUAGUUUCUGUUUGUUUGAUAAGAUUGAUAAGACCCACUUGUGAUUAGAAACUAACUUCUCCAAUGUUCGUCAUUCAGCCUUCUUCCACUCACCUCCUCACCUAGUUCUGAUUCUAUUGCUCUCUUUAAACGAGUUAUUUCUGAUAAAGAAUAUCAUUGUUUUUGGUCACCUCACCUCGAAGCUUCCACGUCUCGAUUCAAGGUGAGCUCGACAACAAUAAGACCCCCUUUAUUCGAUAUUCUCUUUAUGCUCUUGUGAUUUAGCCCCUCCGGGUUCAGACGCUGCGCGUAA